AUGACGGGAUUCUCGUUCCCUCCUCCUCCGCCUCCUCCGCCGCCAUCACAGGCAUCAUACAACAGCUAUCCGAGAGGUGGAGGCGGAGGACGUGCGAAUUAUAACCCUCACCAUCGAGGGCGUGGGAGAGGUAACGGACCACGACGAGGUGGUCGUGGCGGAUAUGGAAAUGAUAUGAACGCUUCAUGGGGAUACACGCCCACGCCACACCAACCGGCCCAUCAGCCUGUCCAUCAACCUGUCCAUCAGCCGGUCCAUCAGCCUGCUCACCAGCCUGCUCACCAACCUGUCCACCAACCUGUCCAUCAGCCAACGCAUCCCCACCACGGGGGUUAUACGUACGGACCAAGCUACAAUGCACAACAGCCGGCGAUGCACUAUGCUCCGGCACGGGGGGGUUACCUAGCUACGACGUAUCAGACACAGCCGCACCCGCCGGCACCGAUGCGCUGGGGGUUCGACCCAAAGCCAAACUACGGCCGGACGCCAGAUCGACGACCACAGCAGACAAACAACCGACCUCCCAAGCGCCAACACGAAGCAGCCUUCACCAGCGCACCACUACCGGUACCAAGCUUUAACAGCCUGCCGUCAAAACCGCCUGCGCCAGCUCAGACGCCCCCGGCCCGACCCCGCAAGCAGCGCAAGCACAACCAGCUUGGCCUGACGCCCAAGACAGAGGAGCAUGAAUCCAGCGAGUCAGAGGCGGGAGAUGUAGACGAGGAAGCCAAACUCGCUGCCUCGCUAGCCAAAGGCGAGCUGAAGUUCAGCUACAAGGGGCGAACGUCUACGUUGGGUUCUACGGCUGAAGUACGGGCCUGGAUCGAGGAGAGAAAGCGGCGGUUCCCCACACGGGAGAGGGUGGAGGAGAAGACGAAGGAGGAGCAAGCGCGCAAGGCGGCCAAAGAGGAGGCCAGGAAGCAAAAGGACGAAGCGAGAAGGCGAAGGGAGGAAGAAGCGAGGAAGGCAAGGGAGAAGAGGGAGAAGGAGAAAAGAGCCGAUGCAAGCGAUGUGGCUGCAAAGGCGAAGAUGAGGGCUGACAAAUUACGGGAGAAGCUGGCGAGGCAGGAGAGGAAGCUAGCGCAGGCUGAGGCUGCAGCAGCCAGAGAGGAACAAGCUCAAGCUCAAGCUCAAGCUCGAGGAACUUGGAAGAAUAACAUGCAGGAAGAUUUGGCAGAGCAACAGCAAGAUGAAGCUGGCGCGACGAUGACACUAACCCCGGCCCAAAGCGACCAAACUUCGAGCGCUGACGACGACAGUGGCAGUGAAAGCGAGUCGAGCGGGAGUGACAGUGACAGUGACAUCGCCAGCGGCAGUGGCAGCGAGCCGGAAGAGACGACCUCCCGCCGCCAGCAGCCCGAUCGCGUGCCUCCUCGCCGGAGAUGCCACCAAUUCGCAAAGACGGGCCAGUGUCGGCGCGGCAGCUCCUGUCCCUUCUCGCAUGACACUCCAGCGAGGAGCGAAAUGAACGAGAGGGCCCAGAGACAGAAUCCAAGAGCCAGCAAGGGGGAGAAAGCUGGGCGAAAAGGCCUGUACGAACGGCUGCUCUUGGGCCAGCGGGAAGACGAGGACCGACGGGUGAUGCAGGCCAUCGUCUUCCUGGGCGAGCGCCGCCUUCUGGACAACCCUGUGCCUGUUGAUCCUGCCAACGGUGCCUUGUAG